GAUGGCAGGCGGGGGCUGCGACUGCGAGCGACGAGUGCAGAGCACCGCCGCCGCCUCAGCCGCAGACGAGCUAGGUUUUCGCCGGCCAGCUGAAGAGCCGAAGCCGAGAUCGUAGCAGCGGUAUUUUCUCCUGUAGCGCGCAGAUCAGAAAACAUGGUUGACGCAAUCAAAGGGCUGUUUAUAUCCUGCGACGUGCCCAUGGCACAGUUCAUUGUCGAUCUGAAUGCUUCUAUGCCUGCAUCUGAGAAGUUCAUCGUGCGCAUGCUUGAUCCUACGCACAUGUAUGUGCUGCCCCAUGUGGGACAGAUGAUCAAAAGCAAGGUAGAAGAGUUCAGGAAGCAAAACAGUUACAGGCCGUGUUGAAGAAGAAUCAUUCACCCUCCAUUCAGAGAUAUACGUCUUAAUUCGGCUCGAUCAUACCCAUGUAACAGCUAGGACUGUAAUAGAAAUACAGAAUGGAUGUAUAAUGCAGUCUUGUUAUAGUUGAUGAGUAGGCUACAUCUACCGAUCUUACAUGUAUUUCCAUUGUGAUGAAUUAUGAUGAUAUACGUGUACUUUUCAUGAAUACAUAUCAACCUUCAUACAGAUGUUA